AUGAUGCUUCACAGACAUUUGCGAGCGGAGGCUUCUCUGAGUAGAGCUCAGAAGCUCAAUCCCGUGGUGCAGGUUACAGCUGAUUCUGAAGAUGUUGCUGACAAACCAGAUACAUUUUUGGAGACUUUGAUGGAGGUGACAGUAUACAAAAUUGCCAGCAUUCAGGACUGUGAGGAGCCUGCUAAAAAGAUUACCAAAGUGGAUCCUGUGAAGGUGACAACAAAACGGACUGCAACAUUUGUGCCCCUGCAGGAUGUGCUGGAUGUUGAUUGGUCCAGUGAAACUUACAUCAAACGCCUUCCAAAGACUGAUUGUUCUUACUUCCUUAUAAGAGUACUCCUUGGGUUUCGCAGCAAACGUGGGCAUGACCCAAGCCCUGAGAAACUGCAGGAGGACAUCAAACAGCUCUACAGCAUACAUAAUGAAGUUCUUGCCAAGUUGGAAGUGCCAGUAGACAAAGUGCCAGAUGAACUGUUCAGAAUCUACUGA